AUGAAGCCCAAAGUAAAUGCUGUAGCUAGAGUAAAUGCUGUAGCUAGUGUAAAUGCUGUAGCUAGUGUAAAUGCUGUAGCUAGUGUAAAUGCUGUAGCUAGUGUAAAUGUUGGAGCUAGUGUAAAUGUUGGAGCUAGUGUAAAUGUUGGAGCUAGUGUAAAUGCUGGAGCUAGUGUAAAUGUUGGAGCUAGUGUAAAUGCUGGAGCUAGUGUAAAUGCUGGAGCUAGUGUAAAUGCUGGAGCUAGUGUAAAUGUUGGAGCUAGUGUAAAUGCUGGAGCUAGUGUAAAUGUUGGAGCUAGUGUAAAUGUUGGAGCUAGUGUAAAUGUUGGAGCUAGUGUAAAUGUUGGAGCUAGUGUAAAUGUUGGAGCUAGUGUAAAUGCUGGAGCUAGUGUAAAUGUUGGAGCUAGUGUAAAUGUUGGAGCUAGUGUAAAUGUUGGAGCUAGUGUAAAUGUUGGAGCUAGUGUAAAUGCUGGAGCUAGUGUAAAUGUUGGAGCUAGUGUAAAUGCUGGAGCUAGUGUAAAUGUUGGGACUGGUGUAAACAGCCAAUAA